AUGCAUUUCUCCAGCGUCCUCGCCCUGGCGGUUGCCACCAUGGUCGCCUCCCAGGAUGUCGCCACUCUCUUCUCGGGCACCAACUUCGAGGGCGCCUCCUACACCAUCAGCGGCCCUGACGAUGUCAUCGGCAGAUGCACACCCGUUGCCGACUUCCCUGUUGUGCAAUCCAUCAAGGUGGCUCCCGGCCACGCCUGUGUUCUUUACAACACCCCUGACUGCGCUGUUCCCUACGCCGCCUACAACCGCGACACCGCUGCCACCAUUGUCAACGGCGCCUUUGCCGCUUUCGAGUGCGCUGUCGCCAUCAACUAA